ACGCGUCUUACACACCUUCUCGUUAAUGCACUUUACUUCUCACCUAGAACAAAACAAAGAGGUCUCUGUUUCAACAGCAUACACAACCUACCCCAAAGACACCUAAAGCACAAAAAUCAUGGACGCAGCUUCGGCGCUAUCGCGAGGCGCUCUUGACGUGAUCUUCAAUGAUCCUGAUAAAGCCAGCAAGCUCUUCCCGGUACCUGUUCUGCAAUGUCUACAAGUCAAGCAGAUGGCCCCUUCGGCUCAAGGGGGAGACCGAUUUCGACUUGUGAUGAGCGAUGGGCAGCAUUACGUCCAGACCAUGCUUGCUACGCAAGCCAACCACGUCGUUCACGACAACAAGCUGGUUCGUGGUUGCAUUGCCCGAAUUAAGCAAUACACACCCAACAACUUGAAGGGCAAGAACAUUCUCGUCAUUCUCGAUAUCGAAGUCAUCGAAUCUCUUGGCGUCCAAGAAAAGAUUGGCGAGCCCUUUGCCGUCGACUCCAAGCCAGCUGCCCAAGAGGGUGCCAUUGCUGGAGGCGAUUUUUACGGCGUCAAGAAGGAAGAAUCAAAGACACAGCCCCAGCAAUUUCAACAGCAGCAACAACAGUCGAUGCCCUCACGACCUGCCAUGCACGCUGGCAGUAACAUCUACCCUAUCGAGGGUCUGUCGCCCUUCGCCCACAAGUGGACAAUCAAGGCACGAGUUACCUCUAAAUCAGAUAUCAAGACAUGGCACAAGGCCACUGGGGAGGGAAAACUUUUCAGUGUCAACCUGCUCGAUGAGAGUGGUGAGAUCAAGGCCACUGGUUUCAACGACCAGUGUGACGCUUUCUACGACCGCCUGCAAGAAGGCUCUGUCUACUACAUCUCCACACCUUGCCGAGUUGCCUUGGCCAAGAAACAGUUUUCCAACCUUCCCAACGACUACGAGCUCACAUUCGAACGGGACACUGUCAUCGAGAAGGCAGAGGAUCAGACCAAUGUUCCGCAGGUGAGGUUCAAUUUUUGCUCCAUCCAGGAACUCCAGAGUGUGGAGAAGGACAAUACUGUCGAUGUCAUUGGUGUGUUGAAGGAGGUUGGCGAGGUUGGCGAUAUUACAUCCAAGAAGGAUGGCCGACCAUUCCAGAAGCGAGAAUUAACACUUGUGGAUGAUACGGGCUUCUCAGUCCGUGUUACUAUUUGGGGCAAGUCGGCCAACUCUUUCGAUGCUCCUCCUGAAUCAGUGGUUGCUUUCAAGGGCACGAAGGUGUCUGAUUUUGGUGGUAAGAGUCUCAGUCUCCUCUCUUCUGGCACAAUGACCGUCGACCCCGAUAUUCCUGAUGCCCACAGACUCAAGGGCUGGUACGACUCUGCUGGUCGCAAUGACACAUUCGCCACCCACCAAAACAUGGCGUCCAUGGGCAAUGCCACAGGGAGAAAGGAAGACCUCAAGACCAUUUCUCAGGUCAAGGAUGAAAACCUUGGCAUGGAUGACCAGGCUUACUACACUAUCAAGGCGACUAUUGUCUUUGUCAAGCAGGAGAACUUUUGCUAUCCCGCUUGCCUGUCUCAGGGCUGUAAUAAGAAGGUUACACAAAUGCCUGAUGGCACCUGGCACUGCGAGAAGUGCGCUAUCUCUCACGAAAAGCCGGAAUACCGGUACAUCCUCUCUUUGAACGUUGCAGAUCACACCAGUCAUCAAUGGCUGAGCUGUUUUGACGAUUCCGGUCGACAGAUCGUGGGACGAACUGCCGACGAGAUGAUGGAGCUCAAAGAAAAUGAUGACAAUAAAUUCAUGGCCGCGUUUGAAGAGGCCAACUGCAAGAAGUUCACUUUCCGGUGCAGGGCGAAGAUGGAUAACUUUGGCGAAGCUCAAAGGAUACGCUACCAAGUGAUGACUGUCACGCCCUUAGACUUCAAGUCUGAAGGCACCAAGCUUGACGAGUUGAUCAAGCAGUACGAGACCAGCUCGCUAUGAUGUGCUUACGAAUUCCUAACCUGAGGUCAUUGGAGUGCCGGCUGACUAAAACAUGUGCUUCGGGGGGAUAAAUCGAAACACUUUCUGCGAAGUCCGAUGAAGACGGACUUUUGUUAUUGGGUCAACAUUGGCACAACAUAGAAUAAUGAGACAAAUGCAGUAGCACAAAGGAUCGCUAUAAUUGUGUUGAAACCGUGACUUGAACAGCCUACUAUUUUUUAUAGCUGUUAAACUUUACCCAACGCCUCCGUGAUAUGCCGUCGAUUUUCUUUCUUCUUUUUUCUUUUUGCAAGCAGUUGUCUAAAGGGACAACUUCUCGUGCUUCCAGGGCUUCUUGCCUUCUCCGUCUCCAUAGUCAGCAGUAGCUUGGUAGUCGCCUCUGAUCUUGUACUUGUAAAUAGUCAGUCCAUCAAGGCCGACUGGACCACGAGAGUGAAUUUUGUUUGUGCUGAUACCAACUUCGGUACCGAAACCAUAACGCAUGCCGUCGGCAAGACGAGUAGCGGCAUUCCAGUAUACGCCAGCUGAGUCAACCUCGUUCAUGAAACGUUCGGCCUCGGCAGAAUCAGAGCUCAUGAUAGCGUCGGUGUGGUGAGAGCCGUGGGUGUUGAUGUGGGUGAUGGCCUCGUCAAUAGAGGAAACAGUCUUUACGCCAAUGGUGAGGGAUAGAUGCUCAGUGUCGUAGUCUUGAGGGGUGGCAUCUUGAACACCUUCCAGUGAAAGAGAAGAAAUGGCAGCCUUGCUGGGCUCGUCGACUCGGAGGGAAACCCCCUUGGCCGCAAGAGCGGAAGCAACAGCAGGGAAGAUGGUAUUCAGAGCCGAUUCCUGGACUAGAAGGGUUUCGACAGCGUUGCAGGCAGCAGGAUAGCUUGUCUUGGAGUCCACAAUAGCAGUAAUAGCCUUUUCCUUAUUGGCAGAGGCUGUCAAGUAGAUAUGGCAGAGACCAUCAGCGUGGCCGAGAACGGGAAUCUUUGUGGACUCCUUGAUGUAACGAACAAGUUCAUUCGAUCCGCGAGGAAUGACAAGAUCAAUAUAGCGGUCCUGAGCGAGGAGCUGGGAAAUGACGUCGCGGGUUGUGACGAGCUGGAUGGCUGAGUUGGGGACCUUUGUGGUCUCAAGAGCUGAUGAGAUGACCUUUGAGAUGGCCACGAAGGACUCUGUAGACUCUUUC